GUUGAUACGUUCAUAUCGAGUAAAGAGUCAUCUAUGCGGUCAGUCAUGCAGCUGAAUUCUCUCGAAUCGAUUUGAAUCGUUAUUGGUGGAUGACAGUUAGAGAAUGUAAGUGAUAGCGCUUAGACAACGUCACUUAUCAUUAUGGAAAUGACAUCGACAUUAACUUCCGAAGUCAACGACGUUAAAAUUUACCGAUUAAAUCAACACGUUGCUGCUUUUAUAAGAUAUUCAAGAGUAAUCAAGAGAGCCUCACUUGGCGGUUUUGCUCUCGGUGUCACACUCGGAUGGAAUUCUAACGCUGGGGAAAUUCUUCGAAACAUCUUAAACGCUAGUGGUACCGAAAUCGGCCUUAUCGGCAGUAUCUUGAAUGCCGGUGCUUGUGUUGGCGUGACGUUUACGCCUUUUUUUAUCAAGUAUUUCAGUCGUAUUACAGCUAUGUCCUUGACUAUGCCAGGAUUCAUCGUCGGAUGGACGUUCGUUUGCUGCGCCGGCCAUAAAAUUUCGCUUCUUAUAAUUGGUCGAUUCAUAUGUGGCAUGAGCGGUGGAGCAUUCUCCUUUCUGACGCCGAUUUACAUCGCAGAAAUUGCAGACCAAAAUUCCCGAGAACGACUUCUUAUGUACUUUCAUCUUUUAAUCAACUGCGGAAUUAUGUAUGCCUUUGUAAUCGCCCACGUAAUAAAUGAACAUGAUACUAUAUGGAGGUAUAACAUUAUUUGUGCCGUGACAUGCCUUGUGAUUGCUCUGGUAAAUCUAUUGCCUGAAAGCCCUUUCUAUUAUCUCAUGAAAAAUAAUGAAAUGAAAGCGAAGGAUUCUCUAAAAUGGUACCGUGGUCAAACCUAUGAAGAUGAUGUUGAAAUUGAAGAAUUGAAAUACCUCGUAAAACAUUCUGGAAAGAUUACAAGAAAUGUCCUAAAAAAUCGAUACGUCGCAAGUUCCUUCUUUACAUGCAUCUUCGUAUUUCUAACUCAACAAUUAAGUGGUGUUAAUAUUAUGAUUUUCUACGCAUUGACACUUUUCAACGUUGGCGGAUCGGGUGAUCUAACUGGAAGCGAACAAACCGUUCUUAUUGGUGGAGUACAAAUAUUAUCUUGUUUCCUAGCGAUAAGUCUGAUAGACAUAGUUGGACGUCGAAUACUGCUAAUUGUAUCCUCGAUAUUUAUGGGAUUGUUCUUGAUACUGUUAGGAUGGUUUUAUGAAUUGAGAAAUCAAGACCCAGAAUAUGACGAUAUUUAUUUUUGGAUGCCGCCGACCUGGACAAUCCUUUUUUUUGCCACUUUUAAUGCCGGCGUCGGGCCGAUUUCGUGGGCGCUGUUAGGCGACGUCUUUCCUAUGCAAAUCAGAGAGACUGCUGUUGCAUGUACAGCUGGUUUCAAUUGGAUGCUAUCUUUGAUAGCAACGAUGACAUUUGGAGAGAUGUUAGGCAUCCUCGGUAUCUCAAAGACCAUGUGGCUCUUUGCUAGCUUUUGCUGGGUAGCUGGAAUUCUUUGCGCCUUACUUCUAAAAGAUACUCAUGGUUACAGUCUGGCCAAAAUACAAAAGAACUUUGGUAUUGAGAAUGAGCAAAUGGAAAUGAAUAGUAUAGAGCGAACCUGAAAUAUUAGAUGAUUGUUGCAAUGAUAUGAAUAUCUCGACAAUUUUGAAGAACAACAUUGAUUUACAAUUAAUAUACUAUAUAAAAUGUCUGAUAUAAACAUGCACGUACGGUAUAACUUUGCUCACGUUUAUUUGCAUGUAUGUGCGAUAUUUAUUUUAUUAUAAAAAUUUAUCUUAAUAUUAAAUAUAUUUAUGUUAGUAUUAAAUAUUUUAUAGAAACUUAAUUCUAUGCUGCAGUAUGUAAUAGAAUAACAAAUUUUAAUAUAAAAUUAAUUCAUAAAAAUCCUUAAA